UCGCCCUUCCCCCGCCCGCCCCAAACGCCUCUCCCCCAACCCCGGAGCGACAACCAUGGCCGCCGCACCCCGGGCUUCGAACUCCGCGGCUGCCCUUGCUGGCCGCAAGCGCUCCACCCGCUCGGAUGACGCGCCGCUCACGCGUUCCCAGACCAAGACCAAGGCCGAUCGCGCGGAUGACACCGCUCUGGCUGCCCUGAUGGCUGAUCAGAGCGCCGUCCUUGGCGAGGACGAUUCGAGCUCUGGCGAGGAGCAGGGCUCCACUGCUUCCGAGGCCGAGAGCGAUGAUCUCGCCGACUUCAACUCCGAUCCUGAUGUCACCUCCUCUGAGGAUGAGGAUGAUGAUGCCCCCGAGGGCGAAGAUGUCGACUCUGGCAACGAUGCCUCCGAAGACGAGCUCAACCGCAUGCUGGCCGCCGAGGAUGGCGAGUCGGAUAGCUCCGAGAGCUACGACGAGGAGUCCGAGGAGGAGAGCAGCGACGAGGAGGAGAUCGAGCCGGCGGUGACGCUGAGCGGCCUGCGUGUGGUUCAGCGUGGUCGGCACUUGGACAUGCCGGACACCCUGCCUUCCGAAGACGAGGAUCCAGCCACCGCGCCGGGGCACUCGACCGAUGAGGAGAUCCGGCAGGCGCUGGAGCGUAAUCGGCCGAAUAUCCCCGGGCCGCUGGAGCAUGUGCCAGCCUUCCCCUUCCAGCAGGAUGUCGACUCUUCGGAUGAGGCUCCCUCGGACUUGUCGGACGAUGAGCACACCACCAAUCCCGUGGGUCGGGGCAUCCCGAGCGAGUGGUAUGCCGACCAUCCGCACAUCGGCUACGACUUGGAUGGCAAGCGUAUCAUGAAGCCGCUCGAGUCUCUGGACGAGCUGGAUCGCUUCCUGGCCAAGAUGGGCACCGACGCCGAGAACGAUGACUACUGGCGCACGGUCAAGGACAAGUACGGCGCGUCGCUCAAGCUCUCGGAUGAGGAGCUCCAGCUCAUCGACCGGAUCAUCAGCGGCCGCUAUGCCGAGCAGGAGUCGGCCAACAUGUACCCGGAGAUGAUUGAGUACUACUCGGGCAAGCCGAUGGCUCAUCCGCUGCCGCAGCCGACCGAGCCCAAGCGUCGUUUCAUUCCCAGUAAGUGGGAGGGUCAAAAGGUUAUGAAGCUUGUGCGCGCGGUGCGCAUGGGCUGGCUGACCCCUCGCGCGGCCAAGAAGGACUCUCGGCCCAAGUACUACAACAUUUGGGCCAAGGAGUCCUCCGAGGAGGCCCCCAACAGCUCGGCCUCGUCGAACUACAUCCCGGCGCCCAAGAUGCGCCUCCCAGGGCACAAUGCUUCUUACAACCCUCCUGAGGAGUACCUUUGGACUGAGGAGGAGAUCCGCGAGUGGGAGGAAGCUCACCCUGAGGACCGCAAGGCCAAGUUCAUCCCGCGCAAGUAUGACAGCCUUCGCCAGGUCCCGGCCAACCCGCAGCUCAUCCAGGACAUGUUUGAGCGCUGCCUGGAUCUGUACCUCUGCCCGCGUGUGCGGAAGAACCGCCUGCAGAUCGACCCGGAGUCGCUGAUUCCGCGGCUGCCCCGGCCGCGCGAGCUUCGUCCCUACCCGACCACCGAGUCCAUCCGGUAUGAGGGCCACACCGGCAAGGUUCGCUCGAUCUCCGUCUGCCCGACUGGCGAGUGGCUCCUGUCCGGCUCGGAUGACGGCACUGUCCGGGUGUUUGAGGUUUCCACCGGUCGGUGUGCCUUUAGCCUGGAUCUGGGCCAGCGCGUGAACGCGGUGGCCUGGAACCCCAUGCCCGGUACUUUCCUCUUCACGGCGGCCGCCGACUCGACGGUCUUCUUCGUGGCGCCGCCCGCCGUCGGCACGCUCGAGGCCACGGAGAUGACUCGCUCCCUCAUCCGGUCGUCCAUCGAGAAGAAGGGCUCUUUCUCGGCGCCGCCAAACGCCCGCCCGGUGCACAUCGACUGGGUUCUCCCCUCGGAGGAGGAGGCGGCCAAGUCCAUUGUCCUGAAGCUGGAGCAUCGCUUUGUGGUCACGCGCCUGGCGUGGCACCGCCGUGGUGACUACCUUGCCACCGUGUGUGCUGACGGUCUUUCCCGUGCCAUCGCCAUCCACCAGCUCUCCCGGCACAUGUCGCAGCAUCCGUUCAGCCGGAACCUCGGCCACAUCGAGCGUGUUCUCUUCGACCCGGCCAAGCCGCACCUCGUGGUGGCCACCCAGAAGACUGUGCGCAUCUACAACCUGCAGAAGCAGCAGCUCGUCAAGCGCCUGCGGUCCUCCUCAAAUCACAUCUCCUCGGUGGCCCUGCACCCGGCCGGCGGCGAGCACGUCCUGGUCGGGACCUUCGACCGGCGGGUUGGCUGGUACGAUCUGGAGCUGUCGUCCGACCGGCCCUACCGGACACUCCUGUACCACAAGUAUGCCGUGCGCGCGGUGGCCUACCACAACAGCUACCCGCUGUUUGCCUCCUGCUCGGAUGAUGGCACUGCCCAGGUCUUCCAUGGUCGUGUCUUCAGCGACCUCCUGCAGAAUGCCUUGAUUGUCCCCCUGAAGAUCCUCACUGGCCAUCGGAUUGUCGAUGGCUUUGGCAUCAUGGACUGUGCUUUCCAUCCGUCCAGGCCGUGGCUCUUCACCGCCGGUGCCGACGGCACGGUGCGUCUGUUCGUCUGAGACGCUGGCAGCCGGUCCCCUCAAGAGGGGGGAUCCUUUUCCCCUGCCUCCCUUCGUCGCGCCACCUCUCCCUCUUCGCGUGUGCCGUACUUGCUCUCCUUCGCCGCCAUCCUCUCAUCCACGGGUUGAAGAUGGUACGAGGAGCAAAGGACCACCAAAGGCGGGAGGGGGCAAAAACGCGCAGACGCAGGAACAAUACUCUCCUCCCCUUGGCACCAUUCCUCCUCCGAAGCACCGGGAUUGGGAAGAAGAGCGAAGAGAGGACGGCCCCGAGGGGGAGGUGUGGCGGCUUGAGAAGAAGCCCAUCAUAUGCACCCACCUGGAUGGUGACCGUCCCUUCUCGUCCACCGCUCUCUCGUCUGGCCAUUUAUUUUGGUCCCUUUCUCCGCUCCUUUCCUCUUGCUUCUCGUGCGCGCGUGUGUGGGUGCAGGUGUCCCCGAUAGAUUCAUUCUGAACAGAUGUGUAAUACACAGCAAGCUGUCUGCA